AUGCUAGAAGGUGUGAUUCCUGAAACCAUUGGCAAUCUCUCCAAGGAACUCACAAACUUAUACAUGGGAGAGAAUCGUUUCAAUGGAAGUAUACCGCCUUCCAUCAGUCGUCUCAGUGGUUUGAGUUUGUUAAACUUGAGCUACAAUUCAAUUAGUGGAGAGAUUCCAAAGGAGCUGGGCCAGUUAGAGGAGCUACAAGUUCUAGAUCUGGCUGGAAAUAAUAUAUCAGGAGCUAUUCCAAAUUCUCUUGGUAAUCUUGUAAAGUUAAACAAGAUUGAUUUGUCGAGAAAUGAACUUGUGAGUAGAAUACCGAACAAUUUUGGGAAUUAUCAAAGCCUGCUCUACAUGGACUUAUCUACCAACAAACUCAAUGGAAGCAUACCUGUGGAAAUCCUCAAUCUCCCAACUUUGAGCAAUGUGUUAAACUUAUCAAACAAUUUGUUGAGUGGACCAAUACCUCAAGUUGGGAAACUGACUACCAUUGCCACCAUUGACAUUUCCAACAACCAAUUGAAUGGAAAUAUCCCCAGCUCAAUCAGCAGUUGUCUGAGUUUGGAGAAAUUGAUUUUGGCCAAAAAUAUGCUUUCAGGUUCCAUUCCAAAAUCUCUUGGAGAUGUGAGAGGAUUGCAAACUUUGGACCUGUCCUCCAACCUACUCUCUGGAUCCAUUCCUAUUGAACUUCAAAAUCUGCAUGUCCUUCAGCUUUUAAACCUCUCUUACAAUGACUUGGAAGGAGUCAUUCCCAAUGGUGGAGUUUUUCAAAAUCUCUCUAACGUUCACUUAGAAGGAAAUUCGAAACUAUGCUUGAACCUUGCAUGUGUGCCUCGAGUCCAUAGAAGAACACACGUCAUAUUUUAUAUCAUCAUAGCUAUUGUGUUAAUAUCGGUUCUCUGUCUCACAAUUGGCAUGCUGAUAUACAUGAAGUAUACCAACUUGAAGGUCGCAGCAACAUCUGGACAGCUCAAGCCACAGACUCCAAUGGUCUCUUACGACGGGCUUCGUUUGGCAACUGACGGGUUCAGCCAAGAAAAUUUAAUAGGAACGGGGAGUUUUGGAUCGGUGUACAAAGGCUACCUAAGUCAAGAAAACAGUACUGUUGCAGUGAAAGUGCUUGACACACUAAGAACAGGUUCUUUAAAGAGUUUCUUUGCAGAGUGUGAGGCUAUGAAGAACUCAAGGCACAGAAAUCUUGUUAAGCUAAUCACAUCAUGCUCUAGUGUUGAUUUUAGAAACAACGAUUUUCUGGCUUUGAUCUAUGAGUACUUAAGUAACGGGAGCUUGGAAGACUGGAUUAAGGAGAGGAGAAAGCAUGAUAAUGGAGAUGAUUUGAACCUUAUGGAGAGACUAAAUAUAGCUAUAGAUGUUGCUUCUGCAUUAGAUUACCUGCACAAUGAUAGUGAAACUCCUAUUGUGCACUGUGAUAUUAAGCCGAGUAACAUUCUCCUGAAUGAAGAUAUGACUGCAAAGGUUGGAGACUUUGGUUUGGCUAAGUUACUGAUUCAAAGAUCAAAUGAUCAAUUUUCCAUCAGUUCCACUCAUGUCCUUAGAGGUUCAAUUGGUUACAUACCUCCAGAAUAUGGAUGGGGAGAGAAAGCGUCUGCAGCAGGAGAUGUAUAUAGUUUUGGAAUAGUGAUACUAGAGCUCUUCUCUGGGAAAAGUCCACAGGAUGAUUGCUUCAGUGGAGGCCUGAGCAUAGCAAAAUGGGUGCAAUCAGCAUUCAAAAACAAGACUGUUCAAGUCAUUGACCCUCAGCUGCUAUCCCUCAUUUACGAUGACGACUCUGCUAGAGAUACUAAUCCACAAAUUCAGUGUGUGGAUGCAAUUAUGGGAGUUGGCAUGUCCUGCACUGCAGACAAUCCAGAUGAUCGAAUUGGCAUAAGAGCUGCUGUUCGCCAACUAAAAGCUGCCAAAGACUGUCUUCUGAAAAAAAUCUGA